CCCCGCUCCAGUCUCCGCUGUCCCACUCACCCCAGCCCCUCCCUCGGGCAGCCCCUGGGCUUGUGACCCAGCCAGCACCGCCUCUCCUAGUGGCAACUGGCUGGGAAUGGCUGAGGGGCUACCUACUGCUAGCGGCCUGCCAGGGGGAGGAGGGGGGCGGAAAGAAGAAAGGGGGCGGGGUUGAGGGGGGCGGGCCUGGACCUGGGGAGUGAAAGCGAAAGCCCGGGCGACUAGCCGGGAGACCAGAGAUCUAGCUACUGAAGCAGCAUGGCCAAGCCGUGUGGGGUGCGCCUGAGCGGGGAAGCCCGCAAACAGGUGGAGGUCUUCAGGCAGAAUCUUUUCCAGGAGGCUGAGGAAUUCCUCUACAGAUUCUUGCCACAGAAAAUCAUAUACCUGAAUCAGCUCUUGCAAGAGGACUCCCUCAAUGUGGCUGACCUGACUUCCCUCCGGGCCCCACUGGACAUCCCCAUCCCAGACCCUCCACCCAAGGAUGAUGAGAUGGAAACAGAUAAGCAGGAGAAGAAAGAAGUCCCUAAGUGUGGAUUUCUCCCUGGGAAUGAGAAAGUCCUGUCCCUGCUUGCCCUGGUUAAGCCAGAAGUCUGGACUCUCAAAGAGAAAUGCAUUCUGGUGAUUACAUGGAUCCAGCACCUGAUACCCAAGAUUGAAGAUGGAAAUGAUUUUGGGGUAGCAAUCCAGGAGAAGGUGCUGGAGAGGGUGAAUGCCGUCAAGACCAAAGUGGAAGCUUUCCAGACAACCAUUUCCAAGUACUUCUCAGAACGUGGGGAUGCUGUGGCCAAGGCCUCCAAGGAGACUCAUGUAAUGGAUUACCGGGCCUUGGUGCAUGAGCGAGAUGAGGCAGCCUAUGGGGAGCUGAGGGCCAUGGUGCUGGACCUGAGGGCCUUCUAUGCCGAGCUUUAUCAUAUCAUCAGCAGCAACCUGGAGAAAAUUGUCAACCCAAAGGGUGAAGAGAAGCCAUCUAUGUACUGAACCCAGGACUAGAAGGAAAAUAAAUGAUCUAUAUGUUGUAUGGA